CCCCAUAUCCUCAAAAGCAACCACCAGCUGGACUCCUUCUUCGCAUGAGUGAUGUUUCUCCUGGUACGAAAGUCCUCAAUUUGUACCACAUGAAUGCGGCUAUACUAAUGGUCCUUAAUUCUUGGUUUAUGAGAGUUGCUCGGCGCUAGUCCCGGGCAUCGCUACGCUAUCCGAAUCCAACAAGUUCAAAAUAUCAUAUUCUGUCCGCAGUAAAAAGAAUCAGAUUUUAUUAAUGUCAUGUCGAAGAACAAUUGCCCUCGGUUGUAUGAGCAAUAGCUCGGCUCAGUUUUGGCGAUCCCAAUUGGAUGGUCUUCGGCCUUUCGUUUGUUGAUCACAACUCUGAGGAGAAUAGACCUGGCACCCCGGUUUCUCACCCAACUCGUUGGGACCGCCUAACGGCUCGCCUCGCCAACAACCGACAUGAUGACAUUCGGUGUUCGAGCCCUAUCAGUUCAGGCACUUCGUCCAGUCUCGUCAACUGCGGUCAUUUUCCCAUGCUUCUUCAGAAGCUUCCAAGGCGAUUUGAUUACAGAUCAAUCUUCACAACCCCGGUUAAUUUUUGGAUACUGCUUACGGUGGUGACGGUGAAUUUAUUUACCUCCGGGAUCUAUAAACCCGGUGCAAUGGUUAAGGAACAGCCCUGGAACUUUAACACAAUGUUAUAUGACAACUGCCCACUAAGAUCCUGGUCUCUCUUUGAAGGAAACCACAAGACGUUAUUUAUCUAGUUAUUCAAUACUCUGU